AUGGAGCAGACUCGAGGCCACUUUGGUCACUCACAUCAUGGACACCACCAUCAUCACGACACAACAUUCCUGACCAGUACCGACAAGAACGAUGCUGGAGUCCGCAUCACGCGAGUCGGUCUUUUUGUCAAUCUUGGCAUGGCCAUUGCCAAAGGUGUCGGCGGCUACGUCUUCAACUCAAAGGCAUUAUCAGCCGAUGCCAUCCACUCCCUCACAGAUCUCAUCUCCGAUUUCACCACCCUCGCAACAGUCUCCUAUUCAUUACGAUCACCAACCUCACGAUUCCCGACCGGCUAUGGCAAGAUUGAAUCGCUGGGAGCUCUGGGAGUAUCGGGUAUCCUGCUCUCAGGAGGUAUCAUGAUCGGUCUCCAAGCAGUCAUGGCACUCGCCCAGCAAUUCUUCCCAGAGAUCGCACACAUACUCUCCCACAUUGGCAUCUUCGGCCAUGGACACAGUCACAGCCACAGUCAUGGGAUCGAAGGCAUGGGUGUCAAUAUCAAUGCAGCCUGGCUCGCAGCCGGCAGCAUCAUAAUAAAAGAAUGGCUCUACAGAGCAACAAUGAAGAUUGCGACGGAAAAGCGCAGUAGUGUGCUAGCAAGCAAUGCCUACCACCACCGCGUCGACAGUUUGACUGCAGUCGUCGCAUUAGCCACAAUCAUGGCCAGUCACUUCCUCACAAACGCCGCCUGGCUAGACCCCGUAGGCGGCCUGAUAAUCUCCGGCAUGAUCGUCCAAGCCGGCUACGGAAACACAAAAGCCGCACUCCUCGAACUCGCAGACGUCACCAUUGAAGACGACAUGAAGCAAAAGAUUGAAUCCGCCACUUCCACAGCCCUGAGCGACUUGAAGCUUCCAACCGAAUCAGCACCUCAAGUCCAGGGUAUCAAGAGCGGACAGAAUUACUUGAUUGAAAUUGCCGUCACGGUGCCUUCGUCGUGGACAUUGCAGCAAAUGACAGAAGCAGAGGAUGUUGUGCGUGAAAAGGUGGCCAAGGCUGCCCAAGGCAUAAAGCGUAUCUCUAUCCGCUUCACCAGCUCGGAAAACACGGCCGACGCUUUCGCAAAUGAAUUCGUUGCUUCUCAGGAUCAAAAGACCGGGGGUGAACACGAGCACGACCAUGAGCAUACUCAUGAUGAUGGACACAGCCACAGCCAUGAGCCCACAGAAGGUUCAAAGGCAGGUCUGAACAAGAGAAAGUGA